CUGCGGGGCGUGGGGGCGGCGGCGGCGGCGGUGGCUGAGGCCGAGGUGGCGGUGGCUGUGGCGGACACAGCGGCACCCCAGCUAGGGACAGGGCUCCGCCGCGCCCCCUUGCAGGCCCCAUGGAGGCGGCAGCGGCGGCAGCAGCGGCGGCGGGUGGGGGCUGUGGCUCCGGGCCGCCGCCGCUGCUGCUGAGUGAGGGCGAGCAGCAGUGCUAUUCCGAGCUCUUCGCGCGCUGCGCUGGCGCCGCGGGCGGGGGCCCCGGGCCUGGGGCCCCCGAGGCCUCCAGAGUCGCCCCCGGCACGGUCACUGCGGCCGCCGGCCCGGUGGCUGACCUGUUUCGGGCGUCGCAGCUGCCCGCCGAGACGCUGCACCAGAUCACAGAACUGUGUGGUGCAAAGCGGGUUGGUUAUUUUGGUCCAACACAAUUUUACGUUGCCCUGAAAUUAAUUGCUGCAGCACAAUCUGGCCUCCCAGUGCGGAUAGAGAGUAUUAAAUGUGAAUUGCCUCUGCCUCGCUUUAUGAUGUCAAAGAAUGAUGGUGAGAUACGAUUUGGGAACCCAGCUGAGCUGCAUGGAACUAAGGUUCAGAUUCCAUAUUUAACCACAGAAAAAAAUUCCUUCAAAAGAAUGGACGAUGAGGAUAAACAGCAGGAAACACAGUCUCCCACGAUGUCACCCCUCGCCUCCCCUCCUUCUUCCCCGCCUCAUUACCAGAGGGUGCCCUUGAGCCAUGGCUACAGCAAACUGCGGAGCAGCGCAGAACAGAUGCAUCCAGCUCCUUAUGAAGCUAGGCAGCCUCUCGUCCAGCCCGAGGGAUCCUCAUCAGGGGGCCCAGGAACCAAGCCCCUUCGGCAUCAGACUUCCCUUAUCCGGUCCUUUUCAGUGGAGAGAGAACUACAGGAUAACAGCAGUUACCUCGAUGAACCCUGGAGGAUAACAGAAGAACAGCGCGAGUACUAUGUCAAUCAGUUUCGAUCCCUUCAGCCAGACCCAAGCUCUUUCAUUUCAGGUUCUGUGGCCAAGAACUUCUUCACCAAAUCAAAGCUUUCCAUUCCAGAACUCUCCUAUAUAUGGGAACUUAGUGAUGCAGACUGCGACGGAGCCCUGACCCUGCCUGAGUUCUGUGCUGCGUUUCAUCUCAUUGUGGCUCGGAAGAACGGCUAUCCGUUACCUGAGGGCCUGCCUCCGACUCUGCAGCCAGAGUACCUGCAGGCAGCUUUUCCUAAGCCCAAGUGGGACUGUCAAUUAUUUGAUUCUUAUUCUGAGUCAUUGCCGGCAAAUCAACAGCCUCGUGACUUGAAUCGGAUGGAGAAAAUCAGUUUGGAGAGUAUGGCCAUCUUACCAAUCCCUACCCAAGAUGUGACUGGUGAUGACAAACAAGUUUUGAAAAGUACUGUCAAUGAAGCCUUACCAAAGGACGUGUCUGAGGAUCCAGCAACUCCCAAGGAUUCCAACAGUCUCAAAGCAAGACCAAGAUCCAGAUCUUACUCUAGCACCUCCAUAGAAGAGGCCAUGAAAAGGGGCGAGGACCCCCCCACCCCGCCACCCCGGCCACAGAAAACCCAUUCCAGAGCCUCCUCCUUGGAUCUGAAUAAAGUCUUCCAGCCCAGUGUGCCAGCUACUAAGUCAGGAUUGUUACCCCCACCACCUGCGCUCCCUCCGAGACCUUGUCCAUCACAGUCUGAACAAGUGUUGGAGGCCGAGUUACCCCCACAGCUGAGCAGAGCCCCGUCCCAGGCUGCAGAAAGUAGUCCCUCAAAGAAGGAUGUACCGUAUUCUCAGCCACCAUCAAAGCCCAUUCGUAGGAAAUUCAGACCAGAAAAUCAAGCUACAGAAAACCAAGAGCCUUCCACUGUUGCAAGUGGCCCAGCUUCUGCAGCAACUGUGAAACCGCAUCCAACAGUCCAGAAACAGUCUUCCAAACAGAAGAAGGCCAUUCAAACUGCUAUCCGCAAAAAUAAAGAGGCAAAUGCAGUGCUGGCUCGGCUGAACAGUGAGCUCCAGCAGCAGCUCAAGGAGGUUCAUCAAGAACGAAUUGCAUUGGAAAACCAAUUGGAACAACUUCGUCCAGUCACUGUGUUGUGACCCCCCCCCAUGGUUCAAGUGACAGUGGGUGACCUUGUCUGCCAAGAUCUUUCUUUCAAAUGUUUUGAAUCCAACUACUUGUCAUAGAUGUUUGACUGUGUCAAAAGCUGUGAGCAGCAAAAUAUAAUCCAUAUGACCUUUUCUCUUGCACUUCACUUGUAUGUUUUACUGUGGUGGAAAAAAUACUUCAACUGAUUAUCACACUUGAAAUGGUAAUUAUCAGUGGAAUUUGUCUCCUAUUCUUAAGUACUUCUUCAAGGUGUUAGAUGCUGCUCCUUACCAAAAAUCAGUUUUCUAGCAAAUAAAAAUAACAGAGCAUUAUUUAUUUAAAGAAUUUAUGAUUUGCAUAAAACCUUGUAACCAAGUAUCUUCAGGAUACUUGUAACCAAGUACUUUCAGGAUGCUUUUUGUAUGUAUAUCACAUAUAGUAGGUUGGUUUCCUGAAUAAUUGGGAUUCCAACUAGAUAGUCGUUGGUGCAACGAUAACAAAAACAAAAGCUAAAAUAAAAUAAGAGCAUCAGAUUUUGACUGGCGCUGUGCCCUCCACCACUAUAUGCCAAAAAUUGCUUCUCUAUUGCCAUUUUGAUAUUAUAUCUAGCUAUAAAUAAUAGAUGACUAUUGUUUCCUCUUGAAUGUCAAAGACUUAUUGGGUCUUUACACCUCUGUAAAGUGGAACUUUUGGCAAUGAGCUAUUUAACUUGGCCAAGCUAGGCCGUCAAGCCAGACAACUCAUUCCUUUUAUGUAAAUUUUUGGGCAAGAGAAGUUCACUUUGACUGCUUCGCCUGAUCAAAUUAAAUAAAUAGUUGCCAGAUCUCUACUUUUAUCCUGCAUGGGGUAAUAUAUCUGUAAGUGCAUGAGCUUGGAAACCACCCAUCAAAUAUGAAAGGCUGAUGAGACUGUUAGGAUUGAUAAACAUUUGUUGUUUGAACCCAGGUAUCCAAACUGGGGAAGAGGGGGAAAUGGUUGUUACCAACAAUCUCUAGUAGUUAUUUUUAACCUGGAUUGCAAAUGUAUUGGGUAUGAAGAGAUAAUGAAAGAAAGUGGUCCUGAUGGUGGAUAUAUGACUGUUUUGUUCUCCGUAAAGUGUACUCGUGGGAAGUGAUUGGUUUAUAUCAGAUUCAGAGGAGUCCAAUUAGCUUCAGUGCAGGUGAUGUAAAACAGUAAGCUCAAAUUGCAGAAGCCAGUAUCCUACAGAAAUUUUAAGUAGCUACCGCUUCUCCUAAAAGCCCAAAUUGAAAAUGGGACCACAGGGUCACAGGGCCACUGGCCCUCACAGGGCAUGUCAGCUUUAACACCAGAGAGACUAAUGGCAAGAAAUGCUGUCUCUUGUGCAUUUUACUAAUUUCCCCAUUCUUAGGGUAUCAGGGUGGGGGUGUGUGUACAGGGUCUUUUGAAGCAGUUUUGGAUAGGUUUACAAUAUGUAGGAUUCAGCCUUUGAUUUCAAUAGAGCUGAGAGUUUUUAGAACAAGUUUAGAACAAGUAGGCAUUUAUUGUUUCCUUAGUCCAUUGGCAAGCUUAAUGGCAGAGGAGAAAGGCUCAAACAGAUGAUGUUUUUCCACAGAAAAACAAAUUGUUGAAUCUAUUCCAUGCAUAUUUAAGGAUUUUGAAUUGAUUUGAUUUUGAAAAUCAUGAAUAUUGGACUAUUUCUCUAUUCCCUUUUUUCUUCCCCGUUUGCUGCCUAUUUCAUUUUUUUAGGGGGGAAGGGUUGGGAAUAAGUUUAAACUUUUUCUAAGAUUAUGAAUGGGUCAGUACAAUUUUUAGGCAACUGCUUUUUCCAUGUUCUGAGAUCUAGGGGCUACAACAAAUUUUAUCAGUAGUGUUUUUUUUUUUGUUUUGUU